GAGACAUGAGCGAGCAGCAGAGACAAACAAACAGUGAGAGCUGGACUGUAGACGGUCAGCCAAAGGCUCAAAGGUGUAAACACAGGACAUAGCACUGAGAUUGUGAGUAAACAAGGCCAUGCAGCAACAGAGUGGAUCUUUCUUGGGCUAAAAAAGAUGGAUCUUAACGAAUGUCAUGAAGUGAUCGAUAACGCCAUAGACAUGGACAGGCUGAAUCGGAAUGUUCCAGAACACAGCCGUCAGACUCAUCAGGUCUUACGGAGCACACCACUGGACCUGAUUGAAACAGGCAAGACUCUCAAAGUCCAGGCAGAACGACCCCAUCUUGUCAGCUUGGGAAGUGGCCGUCUGAGUACGGCUAUAACCCUGCUGCCCUUGCCAGAGGGGAAGACUACUCUCGGGCAUGGGAACACAGAUAUUAAUAUUCAGGGUCCGGGUGUCACAGCUCAACAUUGCUACAUUGAAAAUGUGGGGGGAGCCAUCACCCUGUACCCCUGUGGAAAUCAGUGCUCAAUGGAUGGCUUAGCUGUUACCAAACCUGUCAGACUCACACAAGGGUGUAUGCUGUGUUUUGGUCAGUCAUCCUUUUUCCGCUUUAACCACCCAGAGGAGGCCCUCAGGAUGAAGAGUUUGAUGCCAGGUGGAAGCCCUGGAUUUACCAGUACCUACAAGAACCACUCAGAAACCCAUGGGCAGCUCAAUGGAAACCCCCUUCCUUUGCAUGAGCGACCUCGUCCUGGACACGGCACUCUUGUGCGCUCUAUUGAGAAGGAUCUUCAGGACAUUAUGAAUUCUCUGAAUAUGGAUGAAGGCCAGACUUCCUCAUCUCAGCAAUGUAAAAAAGCCCGCCACCCCAUUCCACAGUCUGCCAUGCUCAACGGGAGCGGCCACAGUCUUGUCUCCCAUCCAACCAGUCCUGGUAUUUUGUCCGUAAGCUCCAGCUAUGAAAAUACCAGUCCUCCUUUCUCCCCCCUCUCCACCCCUUCUGUGGUUAGCAGUCCAGGGGCUUGUUUGGACUCCACUAAUACCCGUUCCACCAGCUACACCCACACCGUCCAGGCCCCGGUGCCACAGCCACGCACUUUUGCAUCCAAAGCCAGCAGUUCCAACGGAGGGCUAAAGGAUCAAGAAAGUUCCAGGCUUCAAAAAGCCUUGACUGAAACCCCCUCAAGCCCAGCGACAAACCGUAGAGGUGAGAGUCCACACCUGACCCAUGGUUCAUCUUCUAGCCCUAGAUCCAGUGUUGGCUCAUCAGUCCAAGAAACUUCUUCCAGUCUUCAGCCCCAUUCACGUGCACUCCUUCCUCCAGACAGUCCCCAGUCAACCCGUCGUGGUGUAGAACCAUCCAGCAUGCGUGAACUUCCUCCUCUCAGCCCGUCCACAGCACGCAGAGGUGUCCUUGGGGUGCCAGUUCUCCCUGGAGCUCUGCCCGGCAUUCCUUUGACCUCUCGUGGCCGGACUGUACCAGAGAGUCCUCGUCUUCAACGACGAACCACGGCUGAGGAAGAAGUAGGAAGUACGAAAUUGCAUGCCAGAAGUCCAUCUCCUGUAUCUGCUCUUUUGAAGGACCAGUCUUGCGGUAAGCAGAAGGGGGGUCUCUCCCCAGCUCUAGGCUCUCAGACAGGUGUCUCUCCCCUCACUAGUCCCCGUAACCAGAGAAAGAACUCCAGGGAGCCUCGGCAGGUUCAGCCGCGCACACGGGAACGCAAGAACAGCAUUUCAGAGGUCAGCGACAAAGAAGAAGACCUGCUGGAGUACCAUCGCUGGCAAAGAGAGGAAAGGAUGCGUGAGCAGGAAAUGGAGAGGCUGAAUGGUAAAUUUUACCCUGUAUACUUCUUUCUCUUUAAGGAAAAGGAGAGACUGUCUGCCCUGGAGAAGAGAUACCAGAGCCUGACCGGUGAAAAUACUUUCUCCAAGCCUGCCAACUCGAAGGAGGAAGCGCUUUACAUCAGUGAACCUGACCUUUUAGAUGAACUCCCAACCCAGAAUGAUCUGCUCCCCUCAUCUUGUUGUCAAAGAUUUACCCCUCAAAUAUAUUCUAACAGGCCACAGGAGGAGUACCUCAGACUCUCUGAUGUAUAUAAGAUGUAUGGGAACGGAUGUAUCCCCGCCCAGACUGCCUUCCAUAACGCUCUUUGUCUACCGCUGGCUGUAACAUCAGACACACAUCGUGAGGAGUAUGUGACAGUCAGUCAGUUAAACCAGCUGUUCGGGAUGCCCAAAGUUGACCCCUCCCCCACAUCUUCAGUCCAAUCAUUCCAAGCUAUUGUCGCUGACCCUGUCCACUCCAGCCACACAUCCCAGUGUGGCUCCUCCCAGUCACUUCCUGUUGAGACCCAGCCUGCAUGGAGUAGGCCCUCAGUCCCCAGGCUAGAUUCAGAGCGCUGGUAUCAGGAGAUUAUGGCAGCUGGGGAGCCCAGUCAUGCCUGUCCUCCCCCUCUGCCAGCUAAGUGUAUCUCCUCACGUAAACCUAUGCAGAUCUAUAAUCAGGAAAGUGAGCUGGGACAGACCAACGGCACCUUUACACCCCCGCCUUUCAGUAUGACCACAUCAGGCAGAAACACACCCACCAAAAGUCUCCCAGAUCUGUCUCUUGCUUAUUUAGACUUAGACUCCAAGAGACAAUUGGAUCUACAAGGCAGAGGGCUCUAUACCUGUGAUGAUUCCAGAAUCAGGCCUACGGAUCCUAAACAGGGCCACUGGGGGGCACCACAGGGCUCUCACUCCCCUUUCCUACCUUCAGGUGUUCCCAUGGUACACCACUCCAUUCUGCACCACCAAGCACCCCCAGCUGGAGAGUCAACGUAUGACACUCUGAGUUUGGAGAGCUCUGACAGCGUGGAGACCAGCGUAUCUACUGGCAACAACUCCGCCUGUUCACCUGAAAGCAGCAAUGGGCUGGCAGGACUGAGGCUGGAGGAGAUGGAGAAGAUGUUGAAGGAGGCCCAGCAGGAGAAAGCCAGACUGGUAGAGAGUCGAGAGAGAGAAGUCCAGGCACGAAAGCAGCUGCUGGAGGCUGAGAGAAGGCGGCGAGAGGAGGUGGAGAGGAGGCUGCAGGAUGAGACUGCACACAGACAGAGACUUGUGGAGGAAGAGGUCAAGCUGAGAGAGAAACAGUGUUCCCAGGCUCGGCCAAUGACGCGCUACCUGCCUAUUCGAAAAGAGGAGUUUGACCUGCGUUCUCAUGUGGAGUCUUCAGGCCACUGCGUGGACACAUGUGCAUAUGUCAUUGUUACAGAGAAAAUGUGCAAGGGCCAUCUUGUGAAGAUGGGUGGCAAGAUCAAAUCUUGGAAAAAACGCUGGUUUGUCUUUGAUCGACUUAAAAGGACCUUCUCUUAUUACGUAGAUAAACAUGAGACCAAACUAAAGGGUGUCAUCUACUUCCAAGCCAUAGAAGAGGUGUAUUACGAUCACCUGCGCAGUGCAACUAAGAGUCCGAAUCCUUCGCUAACCUUUUGUGUGAAGACUCACGAUCGACUUUAUUUCAUGGUGGCACCGUCCCCAGAGGCCAUGCGCAUUUGGAUGGACGUCAUAGUAACGGGUGCCGAAGGCUACACGCAGUUUAUGACCUGAGGGAGAGUGGAUGCAAUUCUGCCUGCAGUGAUGUGAGAGCGGGCAGGACUCAUUUAACAGGACGUGUAACAUAUGCAAUAUAAUGUUUAAAAACUUCAGCCAGCACUGACUGAUUUCUUUAUCAUUGUGACAAGAGAAAAACUGGAAAGCAGGCUGGCCUGAUGACGAUGUAUUAUUGUGCAACUGAUGGUCAGAUUUUAUGUUACUAAAAAGAGAAGCUAAAAAU